AUGAUGGACAAUCAGCCGCCCCCCCUCACAUCACCGGAUGGAUCCAGUCAUGGGAACCCACCAGAGAGAUGUCCCCGUCCUCUGUAUUCCCGGGAUUCCACACAGGAAGGUCACACCAUCCCUCACCAUCAUCAGAGUGGAAUCCUCGGGGAUGAUAAUAUUGAUGUUAAAGAAGAGUAUAAAGAGGAGGAUGAGGAGUAUGGAGUGAUGAUGAAGGAGUUUUCAGAAGGACACAAGGAGAUGAUGGAGCCACCUAAUACCAGGAACCCACCAGAGAGAUGUCCCCGUCCUUGUGUAUUCCCGGGAUCCCACACAGGAAGGUCACACCAUCCCUCAUAUUACAAGAGUGGAGAUCCAAUCGAUAUAGAAUUUGAGGUGAAAGCAGAAGAAGAAGAGGCGUAUGUGAGGGAUGAUCAGCAGUCUAUGGAGGAGGAUGGAAUAACGGGGACAUUUAUAGAGGAGGACACUCCUACAGAGAUCAGCACAGUCCAUGGCCGGGAGAUGAGGAAAACCUCUGAGGAUUGUCUCACUUUGUCUCCAGACUGGAAAGUAGAAGAUGAGGACAUCACACAGUAUAGUCCAGGAGAAAACCCGGCUCCCUCCAAUGUCCAUCCGGCACCACCCAGUGUAGAUGGACGAUCGUAUUCUGAGGAACCUCAGACUGUGCGGGACCGGUCCGGCCUUCCAACAGGGAGGAGCUUCUCCUGUACUGAGUGCGGGAAGGGUUUCCGUUAUAAAUCCAAACUUAAUGUGCAAUAAAAGAUCUCACACAGGGGAGAAGCCGUAUUCCUGUUCUGAGUGCUGGAAAUGUUUUUCAAGGAAGUCCAAUCUUUACACACAUCAGCGAGCUCAUACAGGAGAGAAGCCGUAUUCCUGUCCUGAGUGCGGGAAAUGUUUUUCAAAGAAGGACAAUCUUUCCAUACAUCAGAGAUCUCACACGGGGGAGAAGCCAUAUUCCUGUCCUGAGUGCAGGAAAUGUUUUGUAGAAAAAAAUCAAAACUUGUCAGACAUCAGAGUUCUCACACACGGGGGAGAAGCCAUAUUUUUGUCCUGAGUGUGG